AACUGCUUGAGGAAAGAGCUUUCUGUGAGGACUGCAGCAGCUACUCAAGAGGAACAAUUAUUUCUACAGGACUGCUUAGAAGAGGACGAGACUGGCUGGGUCCCCUGGCAGACCCCAAACUCCUGAUGAUUACUCCACCUGACAAUCAAGAGAUGUUGCCCUGAUCACUGUUUGUUGGGCGCAGCUUUUCAUUAAGCAAGAUGUCAACCACAACAGAAAAUGGGAUGGGAGGGCCUUGGAGUACCAGCAGAGAGAAAACAUACAAGAAGACCACGUCAUCAGCCUUGAAGGGGGCUAUUCAGCUUGGUAUUGGCUACACAGUGGGCAACCUCACCUCCAAGCCUGACAGAGACGUGCUUAUGCAAGACUUCUAUGUGGUGGAGAGCGUCUUUCUGCCAAGUGAGGGAAGUAACUUGACCCCAGCACAUCACUACCCUGACUUUCGCUUCAAGACCUACGCCCCGCUGGCCUUUCGCUACUUCAGGGAUCUGUUCGGCAUCAAACCAGACGACUACCUGUACUCCCUGGUAAAUGAGCCUCUGAUCGAGCUGACCAACCCCGGCGCCAGUGGAUCUCUCUUCUACCUAACCAGUGAUGACGAGUUUAUCAUUAAAACCGUCCAGCACAAAGAGGCCAAGUUUCUUCAGAGGUUGCUACCUGGAUACUAUAUGAACCUGAACCAGAAUCCACGCACGCUGCUGCCCAAAUUUUAUGGACUGUACUGUAUCCAGUCAGGAGGCAUCAACAUCCGACUGGUGGUGAUGAACAACGUGCUGCCUCGCUCUGUCAAAAUGCAUUACAAAUACGACCUGAAGGGAUCCACCUACAAGAGACGAGCGUCCAGGAAAGAGAGGGAGAAGGCGUGUCCGACCUACAAAGAUCUGGACUUCCAGGACAUGCACGAAGAAGGGCUUUACUUUGACGCAGAGACAUACAACAACUUGAUGAAGACCCUGCAGAGAGACUGUCGGGUGCUGGAGAGUUUUAAGAUCAUGGACUACAGCUUGCUGCUGGGGGUCCAUGUCCUGGACCAGAGCCAGAGAGAGGGGCUCGAGCAAGGCCAGGCAGGGGGGGAUGGAAGGAGACCUGUGGGUCAGAGGGUCCUCUACUCUACCGCCAUGGAGUCCAUCCAGGGAGACGGCAAGGCUGCUGAAGCCCUCACCACAGAUGACACUAUGGGUGGUAUCCCUGCCAAAACACACAAAGAAGAGAAGCUGCUCAUUUUCCUGGGUAUCAUAGAUAUUCUACAGUCAUACAGGUUCAUUAAAAAGUUGGAACACUCUUGGAAAGCCCUGGUGUACGAUGGCGACUCCGUCUCGGUGCACCGGCCUGGGUUUUACGCCAGCCGCUUCCUCAAGUUCAUGAGCACACGGGUCUUCAGGAAGACUCAGCCACUUCGAUUCUCCCCAUCAAAGAGGACUCGCUCUUCCAUUCCAACUCUGAAGUCAUCUUCUCAAGAGAUCCUUUCAUCGCAGGCAGAUGAGAGGAACGAGGAGAAGGGCAGGAGGGACAGGUUGGGAGGAGCUCGCAGCUUGGCCAGUCUGGACGGACAAGCUGUGUUCGGUUCCUACCUGCGUCCCGAUCUGGUCCCCGCCAACCCGUCCUUCUAUGAGGGCUCCUCCAUGGGAACCAUCUCCACCUCCUCCAUUUUUGUCAAUGUGGACAACCAAACAGACGAGAGAGAUGAUGUUGCAUCCAGCUCUACGUUUACCCUAGAGGACAGCGCUAUCUGCCUCACUUCAGAGCAGAGCACCAUGGAUGUGGACAUAGACCGUGAUGACGGAUCCGUUCUUGACGUCUACUUGUGAAAAGAGCUUUGCAACCUUCAGUUCCUCCUGCCAAUCAUCAGACAAUCGCACUCCAUUGGACAGGCCGAGCAGG